GGACACGGGCACGGGCGAACAAAAUUGGGCCGGCCCCGCCGGGACGGCGACGCCCGUGGUCACCGGGUCUCCACGUCGCUCGCUCGCGUCGAGGAGGCGAGGGCGCCUCCCACGGGCGCAGCUCAAAUCCGGAGCCGGGGGGUGGGGAAAGCUUGGCUGAGAAUCGCUUCGCCCCAGCAGCCACUACAAGCUGCCUAGUGAGCUAGUGCGAGUGACCGAGCGAGCUCCCGGCGGCGCGAUGGAGGGUGACGAGACGUCGGCGGGCGGGGCCCCGGCCUACUGGGGCCUGGGCGCGCGGCCCUGCGACGCGUGCGGCGCCGAGGCGGCGCGGCUCUACUGCCGCGCGGACGCGGCGUUCCUCUGCGCCGGGUGCGACGCGCGCGCGCACGGCGCCGGGUCGCGCCACGCGCGCGUCUGGCUCUGCGAGGUCUGCGAGCACGCGCCGGCCGCCGUCACGUGCCGCGCGGACGCCGCCGCGCUCUGCGCCUCCUGCGACGCCGACAUCCACUCCGCCAACCCGCUCGCGCGCCGCCACGAGCGCCAGACCGUAGCGCCCUUCUACGGCGCGCUGGCCGACGCGCCCAAGCCCUUCGCCUCGUCCGUGGCCGUGCCCAAAGCGGCCGACGACGACGGGAGCAACGAGGCCGAGGCGGCGUCGUGGCUCCUCCCCGAGCCCGACCACGGGCAGAAGGAAGGCGCCACGACGGAGGUGUUCUUCGCGGACUCCGACCCGUACCUCGACCUCGAAUUCGCGCGCUCCAUGGACGACAUCAAGGCCAUCGGCGUCCAGAACGGCCCGGCCGAGCUCGACCUUACCGGCGCCAAGCUCUUCUACUCCGACCACUCCAUGAACCACAGCGUGUCAUCGUCGGAGGCAGCGGUGGUGCCCGACACCGCGGCGGGCGCGGCGCCCGUAGUGCCGGUGGUGAGCAGGGGCCUGGAGCGGGAGGCCCGGCUGAUGCGGUACCGGGAGAAGCGCAAGAGCCGGCGGUUCGAGAAGACGAUCCGGUACGCGUCCCGCAAGGCGUACGCGGAGACGCGGCCGCGCAUCAAGGGCCGGUUCGCCAAGCGCACCCCCGGGCCCGGCGCGGACGGGGAGGACCCGCUGGAGGAGCACGAGGAGGAGAUGUACUCCUCCGCCGCGGCCGCCGUGGCCGCGCUUAUGGCCCCCGGUGGCGCCGACGCCGACUACGGCGUCGUGCCCACCUAUUGAUCGGCGCCGGCCUGUUGUACACUAGCUAGCCUCGACCUUUGGGGCUGUAAUUUUUGCCGCAUGCUUUGCAUGCAAAGCUGCCGCGUAGCAUUGAUCACCUGUAAUAUGAUUCCACGGAAGCCAUGAGGACUUCCAAGCUCCCUUCCUCCCUAAUCAUCCCAUCAUGUAAUGUAUAUUAUUAUUAUCAUCACGAACUGCUGCUGAUCUGCAACUAAUAAUUUUUAGUAAUCACUAA